AUGCCGUUGACUGGUUUUCAGUCCUCCCAACACCAGCGCCAGGGAGUGAGAGGACUUCACCAGAUCCUGUCUUCUGGUGUUGCUGUUGAUUCCAGUUCUGCUGCUGCCACAGCUGCUCUGCAGCCGCUGCCGCCCUCCUCCUGCUGUCUCUUCCAAUGCUUCUCCUUGUCGCUGCUUCUCCAACUUCCCAACCGCGCCGUGACGUUCCCUGCACAGAGUAGAGGAGAAGAACGACGUACAAUGACACAAUACAAGUAUGAGGAGGGAGGAGAGGAGGAGGGGGAGGGGGAGGAGGAGGAGGAGGAGGAGGAGGAGGAGGAGGAGGAGGAGGAGGAGGAGGAGGAGGAGGAGGAGGAGGAGGAGGAGGAAGAAGAGGAGGUGGAGGAGGAGGAGGAGUAG